AUGGCAACGAAGGUACCCAUUGCUCAACCGGAUUUUUCCUCUACCCUAGAUGCUGAUGAACUUUUUGUGAGAAACAGCAUAUCAGAAUUACGCGACAUGGAAAAGAAUAUAAGGAUCGAUAUUGAGAACAAAAAACAAGAACUAAGACUAAUGGUUGGUGAACGAUAUCGUGAUCUAAUAGACGCUGCUGAUAGUAUAGUCAACAUGCGUCAUUCCGCUUUAUCAAUUCAAGAAGAGCUAUAUAAAAUGCAAGAUUCUUGUAAUGUUUACUCGUUAAAACAAACUGUUAGUGCGCAAAUUGAUGAAGAUAAAAAAGGCACAAAAGCAAUCUCGAAUCAUAAUAUAGAUGAUAGGAAAUAUCACUUGUAUUCUUCGGCUGCGCAGAUCAAGUUAUUGGUGGAUGUGCCAGAACAGAUUUGGCGCUCACUAGAGAAUCACAAAUAUUUGAACGCUAGUCGUUUAUAUUUGAUUGCAAAACUUGUAUAUAAAAAUCUUCAACUACACAAUGAUGAUGCUCCUUUUAGUGUUUCAAUCACAUUUCCGGUAGUGCAACGGCAAUGGGAUGCUGUCAGUCACUUUAAGACACAAAUACUGCAGAAAUCAACACAAUAUCUAAAAGUGGUAGAACAAUCUGAACAGAGCCUUGCAGAAACAUUGAGCGCUAUUAUGCUUUUAGAUGAUGUAACCAUGAAAGAUGUAUUUAGAAUAUUUCUCGAAAUGAGAAAAUCUUCUUUACUGCAGAUUCUGAACAAGUCAGAAAAGGAUUCACUAUCUCUUUUAGAACGUUUAAGAGACAUGAUUCGAAUUGUUCGUGCUACAAUCUUUCAAAUUGGAUUGGUAUUCAUGCGAACUGGAAAUGAAAAAUCAUUAUUUGAAUCUUAUCUUCAUCAGUUACAACAAGGAUUUACCAUUCAAGAGGAUAAUAUUCAAUCGGCAGUGACUGUAAUGUCUCCGCGCGAGUCAAAGUCAUCCUUGACUCGUCUUUAUUCGCCCUCAACAAAUAUUCAUCUACUUAUUCGAUAUCUUCCUGAAUCGAUUCAAACAUUUACUCCAUUCCUUCACACUACUGGCACGCGAGGUCAAUUUCCUCAAGAAGAUAUCAGAAUGCAUACGAAUCAUUGGGUCGAUCUGGUUGUUGAAGAAUUCCGAGGGAAAUUGGGAUCUCUACUUGCUAAUUUUACUUCUGUGACAGAUUUAUAUGAGUUACGUAAAGCUGUAUGGGAAAUGUUGAAAGAGGAUGAACUUAGCAAUAUUGGAGGCUUAAUUUCACAAGAACCGAAAGGCGAGAGGAUUCAUCGAACUAGUUUAGGGUUUAUCUUGACAUUACAAAAAACAAACUGGUCUUGGUGUUUUGUGUGUAAUAUUGUCCUUAAUAAAACAUUCUCGAUAUGGAAUGAUGUGCUGCGGGAGGGAUUUAAUCAACGAUUUGAAGAUAUAAUUCUGUCUUCUUUGGCUUUAUUAUCAAGUCAACCUGAAAAUAUAUCCAAAAAUUAUUUGCCUCGAAUUCAAAUUACCACAAAUGAAGAAAGACAUCUUGGCAAAUUUAUAUGGGAACAAUCAAACAUUAUACUCUCUGAUACAAGCAAAUUAAUUGGUGAUGGUUCCACUUUGAAGACUCGCAUACAGAGCUUAGUCUAUUCUCAGACAUCAUGUGUUCACGAUGCAAAAGAAUCUUUUGACAAGAUAUUAAAAGACAUGCUUCUUGAUUUGCAAUCAACAUUCUCACUGACUGGAUUCACAACUAAGGAUGGGAAUGAUGAUUUAUUUAAUGCCAUUAGCGAUACCGAAAAACUUUUUGUUUUCUUUCAGGACGCAUUAAUAAGAUCUGUGGAAUCAUAUCGAGAUAAAUUGAAUGACUUGCUCAAUGAGAAUAUUGAAAUUCUCGGAAAAGAUCAAAAGGUGGACGAAGAGGAAGCAAUCAAUUGUUUAUCUAGACGGUUAUUGAUUGGUCGAAUUGCACAAGCGAUCGCUUGCGAUUCCGUAUAUUUAGCUUCUGCAUUUAAUGCACGUGCAAUUAAUGGAGAAGACAAACAUUUUCGAAGGUCGUCAGGUCCUGAUUCGAGAAUCUUAUCUCUAAGUCGAAUGCUCCUUGAGGUUUAUACAAAUGCACAUUAUCUUUGGAUUGGAUGGGUUGUGCGUAAGGCACAGAAAACUAUUCAAAUAUUUCUGAAUAGUUCACCGUGGAAAGAAGCAAAUAUGCAGACCUUGGUUUGGGAAGUUGUGCAAGAUAAAUCCAAUGGGGAAGUAGAGGAAAGCGAGAAAUUACGAUUACCGUCACAGCCAUCAAGUAUUCUUAUGAAUUGUUUGUUUAACGUUUGUCAGGAAAUAAAUCGUAUAGGAAGUCCUACUCUAAAUAAGACUAUAAUCAGAAACUUAUUAAAAAGUCUGUCCAAAGCAAUCUUUGCGCUUUACGAAUCAUUCAUCAAUAAUCCAGAGCAAUUCAAAAACGUAUCCGAAAAAGGAGCAAUUCAAAUGCUAUAUGACGUGAAAUUCCUAAAUAAAGUUUUCGAAGGCUGUUGGUCAUUUCACCUGAAUAUUAAUCACGGUAAUCAAAAUCUUUUCAUAUGGGAUGAUGCGACCAAUCCUAGAGGACUACCCGAGAUUGUUGAAAAAAUAUCUAACGAUAUUAAACUAAAGAUCGACCCGAUAGAUUUAGCAGUUUUCGAACCAUAUAUAAACAAAAACGUAGAACGCCACUAUACUCGCAGCGCAAUCUUACUUGGAUUAUUACUUCAAUUGAAUCCUAAAAUUUCGGAUACACGACGUAAAGGUUUAGGAAUUCAAGAUUACCAUAAUGUUUUGCCAGUUGUACCACAAGCAGCUCGCUUCACAUUAUUACCAUUAAGCCAAGGGUGUGGGACUAUGGGUGUAGCUAUUCUUUCCGGAAUUCUAGAUAGUAUAGGAGACACGGCUACAGUUGAAACCUCUUUGUCCUCAGAUACAACUAAUCAAACUGCUUUCUUUGCACCACGAAAAUUCUUUGCUUGUGUCUCACAUGAAGAAUCUGCACAACGUCUUGCACGAGUUUUCACCGAUGAAAAGGUAACCAUAUUAACGCGCAAAAACGUGACGGGUGUUAAAGAGUCACAAGUUAUAUUGUUGUGUUCAAAACCUCAAGUAGCUAAAACAAUCCUAACAGAAGAAGGAAUGUUUGAAGCAUUAGAGAAUAAAGUACUGAUUAGUAUAUUGGCAGGCGUACAGAUUGAUCAAAUUAAGCAGUGGGUACCUGCAUCCACGAAAAUCAUACGUGCAAUGCCAAAUACAUGUUGUCGA